CGUACUUUAAAUUUUCGAUAUUUUUAAAAUCAAAAUUUAGCAUUGAAAUGAUUUUUGCGUUUGGGUUCGACGGUUUGUUGUUGCUGCCCAAUUAAUUUCAAUAUAUAUAUAUUAUAUAUAUAUAUAUAUAUUUUUUCUCAUAAAUGGGUGAUAAUAACUCGCGGCGUCUGCCGCGUUGGUGGUCGGGCGGUGUUUGUUCCGCAAUUGCGGUGACAACAACGCAUCCACUUGAUUUAAUAAAAGUCCAACUGCAAACGCAGACAACAAAGGUGCCCGUCUCGCAGCUGAUUGCCAAUAUAUACAAAAAUUCAGGCAUUGUGGGAUUUUACAGUGGCAUUUCGGCCGCCUGGUUCCGGCAGCUCACCUACACAACAGCACGCUUUGCGCUCUACGAAUAUGGCAAGCAAUUUGUGGAUGCAAACAAUAUGAGCGCCAAGGUGCAGCUGGCCACAUUUGCGGGCAUCUUUGGUGGCAUUGUGGGCGUGCCGGGCGAUGUGGUCACAGUGCGGUUGCAGAACGAUAGCAAGUUGCCGGUAGAAAAGCGACGCAACUACAAGCACGUUUUCGACGGUCUCUAUCGCAUCUCUAAGGAGGAGGGUGUCCGUAGUCUAUUCCGUGGCACGGUGCCAGCUUUGACCCGAGCCGUGCUGCUGACAAUUGGCACAAACGCGGCUUACGAUCAGGUCAAGCAAGUGCUGCAGGGAAAAUUUGAACUGAAGGAGGGACUGCCGCUGCAUUUUCUAACCUCAACCGUAGCCGGCAUCAUAGGCACGGUCAUGACGCAGCCGAUCGAUGUGAUGAAGACCACGUAUAUGAAUGCCCCGCCCGGCGAAUUCAACGGACUGGCAGCGGUUGCCAUUGCCACAGCGAAACAGGGUCCAUUGGCGUUCUACAAGGGUUUUGUGCCGGCGCUGAUGCGCGUCAGUCCCAAUACGAUUAUCACCUUUAUGCUGUACGAGCAGGCCCGCUUGCGUUUCGGUUACCUGCCGCCGAAUGGCAAAUAGAGCCAGGUGGCAAACAACAAACGGCAGCUGCGUCUGCGGCUUGAGGUGCCAUUUUUCUCGAUGACCAACUGGACCAAAGGGGCAGCAUUAGCUGAAGCUGGACGCAGAAGCUGCAGACCGAACGAACGAGAGAGCGAGGUUACGUGCUCGAAUGUGCCCGACAGAAUCCGAGCGUUGCAGCCUAUUGCAUUUGAUUGUGAACUAUUUGAAAUUGUAAUGCUCCUCAAAAGGUUUCUGCCUUCAUAUUCGGCUGGCUAUCAAAUUCAUUGGGGCGCUAACCGGCAGGACUCAAACGCUGACUCGCGUCUUCAGGGUUUAAUUUUAUUGUGAUUUUGUUUGAAUAUGUGUAGCACGUCAUGUGGAAUAUAUCAAUGUUACAAGUGCCAUAAA